AUGACGAACAUCAACACAGCCAACAUCAAUUUUAAAUGGGACCCAAAGAGCCUGGAGAUACGUACCCUGGCAGUUGAGAGGCUACUGGAGCCUCUAGUGACCCAGGUCACAACCUUGGUGAAUUCCAGUAACAAAGGUCCUUCUAACAAGAAGAAAGGCCGCUCCAAGAAGGCUCAUGUUUUGGCUGCAUCAGUAGAGACUGCCACCCAGAACUUUCUGGAGAAAGGAGAAAAGAUUGCAAAGGAAAGUCAGUUCCUUAAGGAUGAGCUGACUGCUGCUGUGGAAGAUGUUCGAAAGCAAGGUGAGUCCAUGCGGCAGGCCUCCGGAGAGUUUGCCGAAGACCCCUGUUCCUCUGUGAAGAGGGGCAACAUGGUUCGAGCCGCCAGGGCCCUCCUCUCUGCUGUUACCCAUCUGCUGGUGCUGGCAGAUAUGUCUGAUGUCUACAAACUUCUUCUGCAGCUUAAACUGGUGGAGGACAGUCUGGUAAAAGUGCGCAAUGCAGGUACAGAGCAGGACCUGGGAAUCCAAUACAAGGCCCUGAAACCAGAAGUAGAUAAACUGAACAUCAUGGCUGCCAAGAGACAGCAGGAGCUAAAGGACGUCCAUCAUAAGGACCAAAUGGCUGCCGCCCGUGGGGUGCUCCAAAGGAACAUCCCCAUGCUGUACACGGCGUCCCGGGCCUGCCUGCAGCAUCCUGACGUGGCCGCCUACAAGGCGAACCGUGACCUGAUCUACAAGCAGCUGCAGCACGCCGUCUCCGGCAUCUCCAACGCCGCCCAGGCCGCGCCCACCGAAGACCCGGCACUCAAUCACCCAGCAGGAGGUGGAGAACUGGCAUAUGCCCUCGACGGUUUUGAUAAACAAAUAAUUGUGGAUCCCCUGGCGUUCAGCGAGGAGCGUUUUCGUCCAUCGCUGGAGGAGCGCCUUGAAAGCAUCAUCAGUGGAGCUGCCCUCAUGGCUGACUCCUCAUGCACACGUGAUGACCGCAGGGAGCGCAUCGUGGCUGAAUGCAAUUCUGUGCGCCAGGCUCUUCAGGACCUUCUGUCUGAGUACAUGGGAAAUGCGAUACGCGAUCAUUUUCAUCUGCCUGAAGAGAACAUACCUGCCAACUGCUGCGGGGGUCCCCUCACUUCCCCUUUCCUGUCCGGCCCAAAGCGCUCACCACUUGGCACUCCUUAA